GUCUCCAUCUCUGAGGGUCUGUUUUUGUUGUUCUUGCACAAUCUAUUGCUGGACUAGUGUGGGUGGAUGUAAAUGAUUUGCUCGUGGCGUGUGCGUAUAGGCAGCGAUGGACCUACAGCAAUCCUGAAGAACAUCCGCCGUGUUUGUUCGAGAAGGCAAACAAAGCUUGAUUUCAUAAGAUGUGCUUACCAUUAAAGCUUGAUUUAAUUAUUAAUGCUUCUGGAAUCACAAUCCUGUAGUGUCUGAAAAACUGACUUGAACUAUUGGUUGACCUCCAAAGUGUCCAAAGUUGAACUAAUACUACACCAGGAACUCUUAAUAACUGCACAGGCACCUGAAGAUAAACAUGUUAUGAUGGCUGAAGACCUCAGAUUAACCCGUCCUCUUAUGCAAUGACCACAUGACCUUGUUUUUGUGACCCAACUCAAAGUGUGGUCAAACACAUGGUUGAGAUAUGCUCGCAUAACUCCUGCUGUGUGACCAGCAAAUGUGUGUUUACACGCUAUGUUAUUGUUAUAUAUGCUCAGAAAUCAGACUACAAGAGCUGUCACUGGGAUGAAACAUUUUCAAAAGAUACACCUUGGUACAUUACUAAGCCCUAAAGGUGCGUAUUACUGUAGUUACAUUUUAGCACUUGUUUUACCUUCUCUGAGAUUGCAGAUGAUAAACAGCAGCAUCAUGAACCUGUUUCUGGUGAAACCGGUCACAGAUGUUGAGUCAUCUAGAGUAAAUAUUGAUGUCUGCGCAACCAGAGCAAACCUGGUCUCCUCUGAGGUCAUGGUGUCAGGGUAUAAAGCCCAGCACACACGCAGCGAGAGCAGAUCUGACACACAGCAGCACACCUCUGCUUCUGCUAUGAGAAGGCUGUGUGUGUUUGUGUUGGUGAGCGUCCUCGUCUGUCCGGCGGAUCUUUCUCCGGUCAUCGGGUCUGAACCCAUCCGCUGCGCUCCAUGCUCUCGGGAGCAGCUGGACUCCUGCCCCGCCGUGUCCUCAGACUGUCCAGAGGUGCUGCGAGAGCCGGGCUGUGGAUGCUGCAUGUCCUGUGCGCUGAAGAAAGGAGAGUCCUGCGGUGUUUAUACGGCUCCCUGCGGCGCUGGCCUGCGCUGUGUCCCGAGACCCGGUGACCCGCGGCCGCUGCACGCUCUGACCCGCGGACACGCCGUCUGCACCGAGGACGACCCGACAGAAGAUGAGCUGGACAUCACGUCUGACCAGGGCUCCCUGCUUCAGCUGCUGGGGCUCCACCGGUCUCUGGACGCGCAGGACGCAGCGGAGGCUCAGGAGAGCAUCAAGACCAAAGUCAACGCCAUCCAGAAGAAACUGAUCCCACAGGGUCCGUGUCACACUGAGCUGCGAGCGUCUCUGAAUCUGAUCACUGAAUCCCAGCAGACGUUAGGAGAGAAGUUCACCAGCUUCUACCUGCCCAACUGUGACCAGCACGGAUUCUACAAGACCAAACAGUGUGAGACGUCUCUGGUGGGCCAGCCCCCCCGCUGCUGGUGUGUGUCGUCCUGGAACGGGAAGAGAAUCCAUGAGGAUCUGGCGUCUGAGUCCCAGUGUCCUCAGGAGCUCACGCACUGAACCAAACUGCAGCCCACUUCACUCAUGUACCAUAUUUAUUAUGUAUAUGGCUCUUACCUAAUUAAUAUUUCUGAACUAGUUUUUGACCGAAUUCUACCAGAAUGAAUGAAACAAACACUAGAAAACAUGAUGUUUCUCAAACUCCACCUCAGCGAGAUCCAGAUCUGGGACUUGACGAACUCCGAUUAAAUCUGUAUGCUC